AUGGGUCAGACUCGCUCCUCCAUCUCUCCUCAGGUGAUUAUGAUGGGUCUGGACUCGGCUGGAAAGACAACCCUGCUGGCCAGAGUGCUGACAGGAAAGGUGGUGGACACAUCGCCAACCAUCGGAUUCAAUGUGGGAAAUCUAGACCUAGACAAGAAGACAUCUCUGACUGUGUGGGAUGUCGGUGGACAGAAAAGCAUGAGAUCCAACUGGAGGCUCUUCCUGGAUGACUGUAAGGCUCUGGUGUUUGUGGUGGACAGCAGUGAUCCAGGUCGGCUGCCAGAGGCUCAGAAGGCCCUGAAGAAGGUCCUAAGUGAUGAGAAGUUGCAUGGAGUUCCUCUAAUGGUUCUGGCUAACAAGAAUGAUCUACCAAAUGCCAUGAACAUACAAGAGGUCUCAACCCAGCUGGACCUCCCCAGUUGCAAUGACCGGUCAUGGGAGAUUCAAGCCUGCAGUGCUCUGAAGGGACUUGGCAUCCACCAGGCCUUCACCUCUGUCAGUACUCUGAUCAAGAAGAGCUGAGAAGAGGAAGAAAGGGAGGAGGACGAGGAAGAUGAUAAAGAGAAAA